AUGAGCUUUCUCAAGAAAGUGGCCAAGAUUGCAGAGCGUCUGCCUGAGGGCUACCAACACGCGCGAAACGAGGUCAUAGGUAUCCUCAAUCCCAAUCGUCGCCAUGAUGAGCCAGAGGAGAAGGCCAUGGACCAAGUGCGAGCUGAAAUCAACGCCUCCCACCGAUUCGAGUCGUUCGCUGAUGAGCGAGGAGAGAACACUGUCAAGUGGCAUAUUGACGGGCACGAUUAUAUGUGGGCUGUUUCGGAGAUGCUCGACAGUGCUAAAGAGUGCAUAUUCAUCCUCGACUGGUGGCUUACUCCUGAGCUCUAUCUUCGCCGUCCACCCUCCCAGUACCCUGAGUGGCGUCUUGACCGUUUGCUUCUGCGUAAAGCCGAGCAGGGAGUAAAGGUUCACGUCAUUGUGUACAAGGAGGUCACACAAACCAUGUCGAUGAGCUCCAAACACACCAAGAAUACGCUUGAUAAUCUCCAUCCAAACAUCGUUUGCUUGCGCCACCCCGAUCACAUUGGCUCCAAAGACACGGUUGAGUUCUGGUCGCACCACGAAAAAGUCGUUGUCGUGGACAACCAUUAUGCGUGUAUCGGUGGACUCGAUCUCUGCUUCGGACGCUGGGACACACAUACCCAUCCGCUUGCUGAUUUCCAUCCCACAGACCUGUCACUUACUCUGUUCCCGGGCCAAGACUAUAACAACGGCCGCAUCAUGGACUUCCAAAACGUCUACAACUAUGCUAGCAAUGCGUUAUCAAAUCUGGAGAAUGCUCGUAUGCCCUGGCACGAUGUUCAUAUGACUCUCACAGGUCCGUCCGUUCUCGACAUUGUGCAGCACUUCGUGGAGCGUUGGAACGAGAUCAAGAAGCGCAAAUACCGCGAGAAGGAGAAAGUCCCGGUACUCGCUCUUCCCCACAAUGUCGAGUUUGCGCCCAACGAAGCGGUCGUGCGACAUCCCCACAGGGAAGCAUGGCACUCGAUUGGUCACCAUUAUAAGCAACGCUGGCUGGGUCUUCCGGACGAGAAUGACCAGGAUGCGGCUCACUAUGCCAAGAAGAAGAUUCCUGGAAUGAGGGUGCAAGUUAUUCGCAGUGUCAGUGACUGGAGCCACGGAGUCCUGACAGAGCACAGUAUCCAGAAUGCAUACUGCCAGCUCAUUCGCGAAGCAGAGCAUUACAUCUACAUUGAAAACCAGUUCUUUAUUUCUGCCACACACGAUAAGGAUGUCGUGAAGAAUCAAGUCGCGGCAGCCUUGGUUGAGCGCAUCGUUCGCGCUGCCCAAUACGACCACAAGUUCCAGGUUAUCGUUGUCAUUCCCGAAGUGCCAGGCUUUGCGGGGAAUAUCAAGACCGAAGGCGGGCUCAAGACUAUUAUGGCCGCCCAAUACCGAACUAUUAACCGUGGUGGACACAGUAUAUAUGAAGAGGUUCGGAAAGCUGGUUACGACCCUGCCAAAUACAUCCGCUUUUACCACCUUCGUUCGUACGACAGAAUCAACGCACCUCAAACGUCUUACAUCCAGCGCAUCGAAAACGAGAGCGGUCUCAAGUACCACGAAGUGCUCAGUGCUCUCUCUCGCAGAUGGAUUGGAAAGGAAGGCGGUGACCAAAAAACGUUAACGUAUGCGCUCUCAACACAGACCACCGAGGGGCUUGUUGUUGCUGGAAAUGAUGCGGCAAAGACGGAGACGGUGCCGAUUCCCGAGACGGAAGAGGAGGCGCAUAGUAUCAUCCAGCGGUUCGAGGAAGCCGCGAAGGCCGUCCGGGGAGACAACGAUGUGGCCGACAAUGUUGCUCAACACAUGCUGCAUGACCGCACCAGCCUUUUGGACGAAAAGUGGCUGGGAACCGAGCAGGAAGAGCUGGAUGCCUAUGUGACCGAGUUGCUCUAUAUCCACAGCAAGCUCAUGAUUGUGGACGACCGUCGUGUCAUUAUGGGUUCUGCUAAUUUGAAUGACCGCAGUCAGAAAGGCGAUGGGGACUCAGAAAUUGCGCUGGUUGUGGAAGAUACCGACAUGGUUGCUUCGAGGAUGAAUGGACAGCAAUACCAGGUGGCUAGGUUUGCGACAUCGCUCAGGAGGAAGUUGUAUCGAGAACACCUUGGCCUUAUUGCUCCCCAGUAUGCAGGCAAACACGACAGGCGCCCGACUGAUUUCAUGCGACCGGCGCCACAUCCGAACCCGAACGAGAUGGAGGACAGGGAGGACUGGAUGGUUGCAGAUCCGUUGUCAGAUUCGACUAUGGAGCUUUGGAAUACGACGGCAAGGAAGAACCGCGAGAUUUUCACCGAGGUGUUCCAGCCGGUGCCGAGUAAUUUGGUCAGAGACUGGAAUGGCUACGAUGUCUACGUCCCGAAGGUCAAGGCAGGCCAUGUCGUGCCCAAUAUUCCAUUGGACCGCGUCAAGAAGCUGUUGUCAAAUGUCCGCGGUUCGCUGGUUGAUGCUCCUCUGGACUUUUUGAUUGACCAGAAAGACUUCUCGGAUGGGCCUGAGUGGGUUAAGUUGAAUCCCACACUGCCCAUCUAUAUCUAA